UUGCGAGAUGUUAUCUUAGAGUCUCCACCAUUUACUGAAGAUUGGGGUGGACUUGAUGGAAUAUUGUACGAAAGAUAUAUAAAGGAAGCAAAAAAUUCUAAUAAAAAGCGAAUGGUCCAGAAUCAUUACAUGAUGUCCAGCAUAGACAUAUUAGAUGAAGUGCGAAAAUGUGGUUCUCGAGAAAUCAUUUCAGAUAUUGAAGAAGCCAUUAAAACAAAAUCUACAAAAGGACAUUCUAAGAACAGUGGAGCUAAUAAAAAUUCAGACAUUUCUGUAAGUAUUUGA